AUGGGUGACGAACUCAAGACCACUCUGGAUGCCAUCCUCGCCGAUCUCUCCUCCAUCAAGAACGAGGUGACGACGAUCAAGGGCGACCAAAGCCGUCUCAACGUGGCCGUCAACCGAUUGCAAUCGGACCACCACUCCUCCGGCGGCUCCCACAGUGGCAAGGACACGGAGCAUGGCGCCCCUCCCCCACCACCCCCACGCAAGCACGGGAAGCACAAGCUCCGGUUUCCGCGCUACGACGGCAGCACCGAUCCGGUCACAUGGCUUCACAAGGCGGAGCAGUUUUUCCACGCCGAUCGCACGGCGGAUGACGAGCGCAUGUGGCUCGCCUCCUUCUACAUGGAAGGCGCGGCCCAGGACUGGUACUACCGCCUGGAGCAGAACCACGGCGCUCCAACGUGGCCAGAUUUCGUUGACAAGAUGCAGCGGGCGUUCGGGACGCCGGCGCGCAGCAACCCGCUCGACGCCCUCAUGAAGCUCCGCCGCACAGGGACGGUCGAGGAGUACAAGGCGCAGUUCUUGCCCAUGCUCGCGCGCUGCAGGCCGCUUCAGGAGCAGGACCAAAUCGACAUCUUCACCGGCGGCCUCCGCAAUCCGCUACAGACGGACGUCGAGCUCCAACAUCCGACCACGCUCGAUGACGCCAUGGCCCUCGCGCGGGCUUUCGAACGGCGCCUGGAGUUGGACGAGGACGAGGACUCCUCUACGAGCCGCGUCCCCACCCGCACCAACCCGCCGAUUCGGCCGCGCGCCCUGCCCGCGACUUCCGCACCGCACACGCCUCCUCCCGCGGCCAAAACUGUGCCGCAGACGCCGCCGGCUCCAACCAAAGGCCCACCUCCAGCAGGCCCGCGCUUCAAGCGGCUGACACAGCAAGAGAUGGCCCAACGCAGAGCAGAGGGCCUCUGCUUCAACUGUCCAGAAAAAUUCACGAAGGACCAUGCCUGCAUGAAGAAGGGCCUGUACCUGAUGGAGCUCGAUGAUGAUACACCAGUUGAGGACGCUGCGAUAGAUAUACAUGACAACAGGGUGGAUGACUGUGAGACAGGGGGGGCAAAGGCCAUGGCCCAUCAACUGCCCAUGGGCUUCUGGUCUGGACUGGACGAGGCCGCCAACAGGGAGCGAGCCCCAGCACAUGCAGGCUCCUCUGAAGGUUGUGCCUGA